AUGGAGGAAGAAAAGGUGGACUAUGUACUGGUGCCUCUGGGCAUGGGGAUUUUGUUGGCAUACCAUGUUUGGCUUCUGUUCAUGAUAGUAAGAAACCCGAGAAGAACUGUGAUUGGCCUCAAUGCAGAGAGCCGCCAAAGAUGGGUUCAUUGCUUGAUGACUGAUCCACUUAAAAAUGGCGUUUUGGCAGUUCAAACAUUACGGAACAACAUAAUGGCAUCUACACUUUUGGCGACAACUGCUAUCACUCUCGUCUCUUUAAUAAGUGUAUAUGUCAGCAAUAAAUCAAACUCUCCCUCCUUGGAAUUAGUUUACGUGCCUACAUUCAAAGACAGAAAAGAUGCUAUAGAGUAUGUUGUAAUAAACUUGAACAGAGGAAGCUUCUUUUGGUCGGUAGGACUUCGGGCAUUUUACUUUUCAUUCCCUCUGUUCCUUUGGGUCUUUGGGCCGAUACCCAUGUUCGUAUGCUGCUGCAUACUGUCAUUUAUUCUCUAUUUUUUGGAUACUACUACAAACUUUACAAGGAAUAUGCACAAUCAUUCUAUCAAGGAUGAAGCAAAGGCUGAUGAUUUGGAGUCAAUUCUUCCCUCAACAUAG